AUGAUCGUUGCCGGAAGUCAUGAAAAAGGCGAUGCCACUAAUCAACUCUUUUGGCCCUACGGUCUCUUCGUUGAUGUUGAUCAGACGAUGAUCGUCGCUGACUACAGCAAUCAUCGUAUCAUUCGAUGGAAGAUGGGUGAUACGAAUGGACAAGUGGUAGCUGGCGGUCAUGGUCGAGGAAAGCGACUGGAUCAACUAGAUGGUCCAACUGAUGUCAUGAUCGACAAAGGGACAGAUAGUCUGAUUAUCUGUGAUUACGAUAACCGACGAGUCUUACGCUGGUCUCUUCGUAGUGGCACUACUGAAGGCGAAAUUAUACUCGACAAUAUCCGUUGUUGUGGAUUGGCCAUGGAUGAUCAGAGAUAUCUCUACAUCUCUGACACCGACAAACAUGAAAUAAAACGAUAUCAGCUGGGAGACCAACAUGAAACUGUGGUGGCCGGUGGCUAUGGCAAAGGUGAUGGUCUUAAUCAACUCAACUGGCCAACCUACCUCUUUGUCGAUCGACAACAGACUAUCUACGUGUCGGACAACGGCAAUCAACGUGUGAUGAAAUGGAAUAAAGGUGCGAAAGAAGGGAUUAUUGUCGCUGGAGGUCAAGGCAAAGGAGAAGCUCUGACCCAAUUGUCAGCUCCUAACGGACUAUUCGUCGAUGCUUUUGAUACCCUCUAUGUGACAGAGUGGGAGAAUCAUAGGGUAAUGCGUUGGCCUAAAGGAGCAAAACAGGGCACCGUCGUUGUGGGUGGAAAUGGUCAAGGAAAAGGAGCAAAUCAGUUGGCCUAUCCGACGAAUUUGUCCUUCGAUCGAUAUGGUCAUCUCUAUGUCGUUGAUUGUGGGAACCAUCGAGUGCAACGAUUUUCUGUCGAAUAG